GUGCUGGGCUGAAUGAAGCAUACUCCGGUUAAUUGCAGACCCGGCCCACGUUCCCAAAACCCCGCCGCCGUUUCAGCCCAUCGUCCCUAUCCCAAAAUCAGUCUCUCUCCUCCCUCCGCCGCCACCUCCGCCACCGCCACGGCGCCCGCCGGUGAACCCCACCGUUGGCGACCAUCGCGCGCGCCACCGCCCUCCCCACCGCUCGGCUCCUCCUGCGCGGGCGCAUGGCCUCCUUCGCCUCCGUUGCGACCCUCCCCUUUCCCACCUGCUCCUCCUCCGACGACGACUCUGACGACGCCAAGCCCCUCCCGCCUCUACCCACAUCGGAGGAAAUAUGCCCUCCGCAGCAGCACCAGCAGCAGCCGCAGUGGCGGCAGCUGGAGCGCGACUGCAACGUAGCCAUGAAGGCCCUGGCGCGCGCGGGCGACGUCGACCAGGUGCUCGCCCUCUUCGCCGAGCUCAGGACUUCCGGAACCCCCAGUGUGCUCUGCUACAACACUCUCCUCAACGCGCUCGUCGAAGCUGGCCAUCUGGAGGAGGCCCCCAAGGUGUUCGACGAAAUGUGUGCGUCUGGGGUGCGGCCCGAUGCGUCAUCCCACAACAUCUUUCUCAAGCUGCGUUCGUGGACCACCGACCACGACGACUCUCCGUACAAGGUGAUCAUCCGGAUGCAAGAGCUUGGGAUGAAAGUUGACGUGAGCACGUACUCUACAAUUGUCACGGGGCUGUGCCGUGCGGGGAAGCUCCUCGAGGCAUGGGGUCUGCUUGAGUGGAUGCAGGAAGCGGGGUGCCGUCCCAUGGUGCAUACUUACACGCCAAUUGUACAGGGAUAUUGCCGUGAGGGCCGUGUCAAGGAGGCCAUGGACCUGAUGGCCACGAUGGAAGCUGCUGAUUGCCCUCCCAAUGUAGUCACCUACAAUGUUCUGAUCAGGGCUUUGUGCGACGCCGGCCAAUUUAAUGAAGUCAAGCAGCUUUUAAUGGAGAGCAGAACCAAGGGUUGGACGCCCAGUAUUGUCACCUACAAUACCUUUAUGAAUGGUCUCUGCAAGAAAGGUAAGGCUAAGGAAGCACUUGCGCUGCUGGGUGUUAUGCUGGGCAAAGGGUUGGAUCCCACAGAUUUUACUUUGAGCAUUCUUCUGAAUUGCCUUUGCCAUGCCUCGAGGAUUUCCCAUGCCAGAUACUUGCUAGAGAGGAGUACGUCGUCAUCGAGAUGGUAUGCUGGUGUUGUUGCAUACAACACUGUGAUGGGCAGGUUAUGUGAAAUGGGACAUUGGAGGGGUGUUCUGAAGCUGUUGACAGACAUGAUCAAGAAAGGUGUGAUGCCAAACACGAGGACGUUCAACAUUGCCAUUCGUAGUCUUUGCAUUGGUCGAAAGUGCUCCGCAGCCAAGAGCCUGGUCUGUAACCAAGGGUUUGCUGCAAAUGUCGUGACAUACAAUACACUGAUUGAUUGGUUUUUCUACCAUCGAACGCCUAGUGAGGUGGGCCGCCUAAUGUCUGACAUGGCAGCAGGAAAUAUUGCUGUAGAUGAAGUUACUUACACUAUAUUCGUUGUUAGAUUAUGCAGAGAUGGAAAUUUUGCUAAGGCCAGUAGUUGCUUUCUAAAAUCGCUAGAGAAUGGACUGUCAAUGGAUCUUCUUGGCGUCCUUAUAAACAGGCUUGCUUACAAUGGCAAAAUCACGGAGACUAUUCGCAUAUUCCAGAAUAUGAGAGAAAGAAAAGGGUUUUCCCUAGAUAAUUCUGUAUUUGACCUCACAAUUGAAAGAUUCUGUAGGGCCGGUUAUUGUCAUGACAAAUAUAUACAUAAUCUUAACUCUAUUCUAGAUGCAAUGUUGGGAAAGCAGUGAACUGAACUCUUGUGGAUCUAGGAAGCAGACGAUAAUUGGAGGAAUGGAUUCCCUCUUUUCAUUAUUUUCCUCCUGCCAACUGCCAUGGAUGAGAAGUGUGGACACUGCUAAAGAUACUCAAUACGUGUUGUCUGACUUUUAUAAUAUUCCGUACAUCAAAGAUGGCUGCAUGCCUGUUUAUGUUAACAUAUUCCACCCUGCCACUCAACAGACAGAGUCUAAUUGGUGAGUUAUGGGAAGAUUGACUUACUUGCCAACAUAGAAAGGUUUGGUAGUCGGUACUAAAGUUACAUAAUUAAUUAUAUUGAUUUACAUAAAUGGUGUUAUUUAUGUAUCUAGUGUUGUAAACUAGUACUGUAGUAAGAACUAGCAAGCAAUAUUUUUAGGCUGGUAUUAUAAUUAUGUUUGAAUUUUAUACAUGUUCUGCCAAGUUGCAUAUCUAUGCUACAAAUAUUUUAGUGACUAGGACGCCGAAUUUUCCCCUCUUACCUAUGCUAUUCUCCACAUCUGUGACACCUCAGCCCAGCCUGGUUGAAAUUCAGCCCAAGUGUGGCCGAUGAGUAUAUGUGUGCAUUAGAACUUAAGUGGAGAUACGUACCGCCUUGCUAGUUUAAAGGUGGAAGCCACCAAUAUCAGUAAAUACCCAAGGGUUCCCAAGGCAAUAACGUCCUGUUAGCCAUUUUUGCGGGAAGCAAGGACGUACGUAUAAGCAGGAUACCUUGGUAUACUCAGUAUGCAGAUUAGUUCUAAGCCAGUUGGGACCUUGGUGUGUUACCGCAUAUAGGCUUCGCUCUUUGAUCUUUGAACCCUGUUUCUAUCAUAUCCACACUUGGUUAACUUCCUGUCUUCUGCAAGCUUGCAAUCAACAACAUGCUGCACAGGUGGGAUUCCAAUGCAAGUUUUUCCUAUUUAAUACAGGAUUACUGCAAUUGCAAACAGUUUUAGCCAUAUAAACUUGACAAGAUGAGGAUGGUAAUGAUCCGACAAGGUAUGAUGGCAUAUAGGCCAUACUGAUCACCGUGUCCUGUAUGCUGGAUCCUCUACCAUUCUGUGUUCUUUCUGAAAGCGUGCCAAUCCCUAUGUUGGGCGGAGCUGAGAAUCCUCUAUUUGCUGGGAUCAAGCUUUUCCUCUUUUUUUUUGCGGGUGAUCAAGCUUUUCCUCUGCAGGGGCCUUGUGCAGUAAACCCCCUAUGGACGUUCCCUGUCGAAUCAUUUGUGCUGGCAGGAUUCCUGUUAUCUGGUUCAGAAUGAAACUUGAUUAGUGAGGUCCUGUGGUUGUGUAUCCUUCUCUAUCUACCAUAGGUAGAGUGCAUAUAUCACCAGGUAGGUGUUUGUGGUUACUCUACAUAGAGCUCUUUAUAGAAGACAAAAAAAAAGUGUCAAGUAGGAUUCUUCUCUUGUU